AUGAUAAAACAUCUUGGAAAAAAGGACAAAAAUAUAAAGGAAAGCAUAGGAGAUAGGUGGUCAUUAUGGAUGGAAGGUAUGACUAAGCAGCAUUUUGGUAGAAACAAAUGAAGGUUUAAUAAUGGGGCUGAUUAGAUGUAUUACGUAUUAAGAUGGAGAAAUAAAAUAGGCAUUAAAGCUGUAAUUUGGGGUUAAGAAAAAAAAUUGUAAAGAGGGCAAGCGUUUAUGGAUGGCAUCCAUUAUAAUUUGGCAAUACAAAUUGAUGAGUCUGUUUCUGUUUCUCUCUCUCUCUUGAAAUGCAUUGUUAUAACAGCAGAGUCCAAUGAUCUCCUCCACUGAAUAGGAAACACACAUGAUUGCACCCAACAAACCAAUCCUUUCAUAUUAUUCUUAUUUCUUCUCUUCUUAAUCUCUCCCUCCAUCACAUAUAUAUAAAAACUCUCUUCUUUUCCCCUCUCCUUCUUCCCCCAACAAAACAACAUAGCCAUUGCUCCCAAAUGGCUACUUCUUCAUCUACAGCCACCUCCCUCAAUGGCUUCUACCAGUUCCUAUCCCACGAGCUCGAUGACCUCCAUCACGCCUUCGUCUCCUCCGACUUCAUGUCCCUUCACUUUCUUCAGAAGGUUCUUUCUCUUCUUAGAACUCUUCACUCUCACCUCAUCCAGCUCGGCCAGCGCCUCCACCUCCCCGUCGGCGGUAAGUGGCUCGACGAGUAUAUGGAUGAAAGUUCACGCCUUUGGGAAGCUUGUCAAGUCCUUAAAUCUGCUAUCUCAAGGAUGGAGCUUUUCCAUGUUGAAGCUUCUGCCAUAGCUUCUUCUUUGCAGGAUCCUCACUUUAUUCGUUUCAAUCCUCGAGCGUCUCGACGGGUUCUUCGUGCAAUUACUGAUUUCGAGAGGAAUGUUUAUGGGUUGGAAGAAGAAAAUAGAAGCUUGAUGAACACAAGGAUCCAGCCAUUAUCACUGCUCUGUUUCAACGGUAGCAGUGACGGCGCGUCAACCGGAAUGGGAUCAACAUCAAAGCUGAAUGCUUUUAAUGGAUUCAGAGGUGUUCUUCAUGCAGUGAAGAGCAUCAGCUCAUUACUUCUAAUGAUUCUUCUGUGUUCUCUUGUGUAUUGUUGGCCAGAAUCAAGUUUCCAUGGAAGUAAUGGGACUGAAAAUGAAAAUGAUCAGCACCAUCAAAGAACCAUGUUCAGCUCAAGCUUUGUAGCUUCAAUGGAGAGAUUAAAACAGAGAGUGGCAAAUGAAAUAGACAGAGUAGAUGGGCAACCAGUGGGGAUCUUGCUGUUUGAAUUCAGAGAAGCCAAGGCAGCCAUGGAAGGCCUGAAAGUGGAGCUUGAGAAGGGUUUGGAAGAAGAUGAAGAAGUUGAAACAGAAGAGAAAGUUGAGAGAUUGAAUGGCUGGUUUGGGUCAUUAAGAAUUGGAGUGGAUGCCAUUAUUGGACAACUUGAUGAUUUCUUUGAUGAGAUUGUUGAAGGAAGAAAGAAGCUUUUGGAUAUGUGCACUCAUAACAGAUAGAUUAAAAAAAAAAUAAGAAAAAGGAGCAUCUGGGUAUGUUGCAAGAUGCAAACUUUCAAGAAGAAUGUAGUCAAAACAAAUUUUGGAAGAAGAGAGAAAUUCUAGUAGAAUUAUUUUUAUUUUUAUUUAUUUUUGAAAUCAAAUUGUUUAUUGUAGGAUGUGAUUAUCUUGCAGCUUAUGAGAGCUUAAAAGAAGAAGAAUCAUAAGGGAAAGAGAGGGAGAGAGAGGAAUUGAUUCUUCAAUUGCUUUGAAGAAAAGCAGCUAAAAAAAAACCAAGAAAAAAAAAAGGAGAGAGGCAGAUUUUCCCACUCAAAAAAAGAAAGAUUCUUUGCUGUGGAUUGUGGAAGGAGAAAGGGAAAAGGUGGCAAUUUAUAUAACACUCCACAGAGCCACAUUAAUAUUAUUCCAAACAAAUCCAUAUUGUCAAUUAUUAUACUUUUAAAUAAACUAUUUUCUACUCUAAUAAAUACAACUUUGAUUUUUUUUUUCCCUUAA